GCUCCCGCCCAAGUCUUGGUUGGAUCACCUUUGGAGCGCGCAGUUUUGUGUGCCCUGACAUGCAGGGAUUCUCUGCGUCUACCAAAUGGCCGCAGUAUCAUGUUGUCCUUUGAGCAGCUCGAGGCAGGGAGGCUUUUCGAGAAAGUGUCUGCAACAGGUUCAGAACUUCAAUUGGCUCGUGCGCUUGACAGUCUCACACCCGAUACGCUGUACUACGAUGGACUGAAUGGUACGGAGCGCCACCCAUUGGCGGACAUUUGGUUUUGUGCAGCUCCCAACUGGCUAGUGCUGCUUGACUGCGGCGGCACGAAGAAGAAGGCCAGAAAGAAGAUGUCGGCAAAGAGCCGACAAAUCUCCCAACUCGUCGAUAGUGGUUGCCUUUCUGGCUGGAAAGUUACGAUGUUGAUUUUUGCACCUGCUGCACCCAGUGCGACCAUGCCAUCCUCAACGGCGCUGUCCGAUGAUGUUGAUAUUGCCAUCGUCGCUGGGAGUUUGGCAACUGAAUGGCUUGGUUCAUGGUCUCAGCUCUGGCAAUACCUCCCGGACGACGGCUGA